GGGCCACACUGGGUCUUUUCAUGACUGGACCUUGUUAGGUGAGUUGGUGAAAUCUGGAGGCGGGACCACUUCCCAUGGAUCCCAACAUACCGGGGUCUUUCCUGUUUAACAACAGCCUGAACCAAUUCUCCUCGGACUUAAAGACACCUGUGUGUCAGUUCUCAGUGCCCAACUCCUUCUGCAAGCUCAACCCAGGCCUGAACAGCCAGCUGCAGGCAACGGGCACAGCCCAAGGCAUUAGCAACAUUCUCAGCCGUUCCAUGAUGGGCGCUACAGGCACCACCACCCUGUUCUCUGGAUACCCCACCAUGGGGGGCUUUGGCACUGUGGACCCAGGGGUCUACUACAACUGUGCAGACUAUAACCCCUCCCUGGGCAGCUUCACCAAGCCUGGCACUGAGUGCCCCAUGAAGGGUCGCAGUGGCAGUUGCUGGGCAGCGAGCGGGUGCGAGUGGAGAGGAGGGAGGCAGCAGUGCACAGACAACAGUGGGCAUCUAGGAGAUAUGUCAGGCAGGAAGAAGCACACCAGACCUACAUUCAGUGGACAUCAGAUAUUUGCCCUGGAGAAAACCUUUGAGCAGACCAAGUACUUGGCCGGGCCAGAGAGAGCUAGACUGGCCUACUCCCUGGGCAUGACAGAGUCACAAGUCAAGGUGUGGUUCCAGAACCGACGUACCAAGUGGAGGAAGAAGAGUGCCUCAGAGCCUAGCUCCACCCAGGCCACACAGGGUGAGCAGGGAGGGGAGAUUUCGGAGAACGAGGUGGAGGAUGAGGAGUACAACAAGCCUCUGGACCCCGACUCAGACGACGAGAAGAUACGACUGCUGCUGCGUAAACACCGCCGGGCUUUCUCUGUACUCCACCUUGGACCACACCACGUCUGACACACUAACACAAGCGCACACACAAACCAGAUGUGCAUGUUGUAGCAAGGGGUAUCAUGAAACAAAUCAUUUUGUAGUAUAGACCCACAAUUUAAUAUUCAAGCAUGUUAAAAAAGACAUUUACAAUACAAUACAGUAAGUUUAAGGAGGAAAUGGGGUAAUGGUUCACUUGAACUGUUGCCUUGAUGUACAGCACUGUAUAAUGAAAACAGAGAGAUGUUACAAUGAUUGGUGAAACAGUUCAAUUGAGAAUUGAACAUAUCAAUGAGUUUCAAUGUGGAAACUGGUUUACUGUUAUGUGGGAAACCCAUCAUGAUAAUCUGUUAUGAUGGUUGUAUCAAACGUGAAAGGAAAUUGUUUCUAAUGUAUAAAGACACAUUAUAGCAGACACACUGUAGAGAUGAUUUGUAAAGCAUUGCUUAUGCAGUUUACAGUACCCGUUUAUUUGUACAGAACAAACACUAUUUGUUUUAUCUAAUUAAUUUGCUUGUUGUACUCCUAACAUUCAAUAUCCAUUUGAAUUUGUUCACAGUUAACUGCUGUACAGUAACUAUGAACACAGAAUACUUAUAUAAUUAACCUUUAUUAAUUUAACUUGAGAGCCUUGAGAGCCUGGACAGCCUGGACUGUUUUCAUACUGGCGUUGAGGGCACACUUAACUCAAAAUAAGUCUUAACAUUCUAUUUCGACUAAUGUGUUGGAAAGCUUUCAUGACAUUUGAGGGUUUCUGCCCAUCCAAAAUAAGUCCCAUAAGUAUACUGUAAAUAAAUUAGGAAAUUUGGAAUUGUAAAAUAAAUUGUGAAUUAUU